UCCCCAGGAGCUGUGACAGGGAGCGGGAUCCAUCAGGGCUGUUCCAGCACGGCAGGAGGCUCAGGAUGGGGAUGAAGGGGCUCCUGUCCCCUCCGGUGCUGUGGCUGCUGCUCUGGGUGCAGCCGUGCAGGGGGGCUGCAGAGGUGAGGCUGGAGAACGGCAGCGGACGCUGUGCUGGGAGAGUGGAAGUGAAACACGAGGGACAGUGGGGGACCGUGUGUGAUGAUCUCUGGGACAUGGCUGAUGCCGCAGUGGUUUGUAAGCAGCUGAGCUGUGGAGCUGCUCUUGGAGCUCAUAACUAUGCACACUUUGGACAAGGAUCUGGCCCCAUUUGGAUGACUGAUGUUUGGUGUUUUGGCACCGAGUCUGCCCUGUCUGACUGUAGGCACAAUGGAUGGGGUAUAAAUCGCUGUUCUCACAGAGAGGAUGCUGGAGUGACGUGUUCAGGAUUUGUCCAGCUGGUUGGAAGACACAGCCCCUGCUCAGGACACAUGUUGAUCCACGACGGGGACCAGUGGAAAACUGUCUGUGACUCAGACUUUGGUCCCAAAGCUGCUGCUGUGGUCUGCAGGGAGUUGCGGUGUGGAGUAGUCCUGUCCGUCCAUGGGGCAGCUCACAUUGAGGAAAGCAUUGAUGCCCUCUGGGACAGAGAGCUGCAGUGCGUGGGGAAUGAAUCCCACCUCGCCUCCUGCCCCAGGGGACCUCCCACCGACCAGCUCUGCUCCCACGGCCGCGCUGCCGGGGUCACCUGCACACAGUUCACAGGGUUCAGGCUGGUGAACGGCAGCACGGCGUGUGAUGGGAGAGUGGAGGUCCAGGUACAUGAGACCUGGGGCACCCUCUGCGCCUCCAGUUGGGAUCUCUCGGACGCCCACGUUCUCUGUCGUCACCUCAACUGCGGCUUUGCUGAGUCCCUUCCCAGAGGAGAGCAUUUUGGAGGAGGCACCAGCCCCAUCUGGAGAGACUCGUUCCACUGUGAUGGAACUGAAGCCCACCUGGGACAGUGCCCAGUGACCACCCUGGGGGUCUCGCUGUGCUCCCAUGAGAACAUCGCUGCUGUCAUUUGCUCAGGCCCACCCCGCUCUGCAUCCCUGCGGCUGGUGGGUGGAGAGAGCCGCUGCGAUGGGCGAGUGGAGAUCUUCCAGCACGGAACAUGGAGCAGAGUCCUGGACGACCAGUGGGACGAGCAGGAGGCCAGCGUGGUGUGCCGGCAGCUGCAGUGUGGAGAGGCAGAGGGAGCCUACAACCCCCCAAAGCCGGAGAGAGGGACGGGUCCCGUGGGGCUGCGACGGGUGCGGUGCACAGGGCACGAGGACAGCCUGACCCUCUGCAACACCUCAGUGCCUGAGAGUGCGCUGGCAGCAGGGGUGGCAGAGGAUGUGGGGGUUGUUUGCCGGGGGAGCCGGCGGGUGCGGCUGGCAAAUGGGCAAGGGCGCUGCGCCGGGAGAGUGGAGAUCUACCACCAGGGCAGCUGGGGCACCGUCUGCGAUGACGGCUGGGACCUGCCCGAUGCCACUGUUGUGUGCCGCCAGCUGGGCUGCGGGGGAGCGGUGGAGGCGUCUGAUUCCGCUCGGUUUGGGGAAGGCUCCGGGCAGAUCUGGCUGGACGGCGUAAGCUGCUCCGGGGCUGAAGGAGCUCUCUGGGACUGCCCAGUGGAGGCCUGGGGGCAGCAUGACUGUGGGCACAAAGAGGAUGCAGGAGUCAUCUGCUCAGACAGGGAAAAGAUCCAUGCCAUAGGCGGCAAGGACAAAUGCUCGGGCAGAGUGGAGGUGUGGCACCGCGGCUCCUGGGGGACAGUGUGCGGCGGCUCCUGGGGGACAGUGUGCGACGACUCCUGGGACAUGCGGGAUGCUGAGGUGGCGUGCAGGCAGCUGGGCUGCGGCCCCGCGGUGUCUGCCCUGGGCGAGGCGGCAUUUGGGGAGGGCACGGGCCCCAUCUGGCUGGAGCAGGUGGAGUGCCAGGGGACAGAGCCAUCUCUGCAGGACUGCUGGGCCCAGGCUGGGGACAGGAGACUCUGCCGGCACAAAGAGCACACGGCUGUGAACUGCUCAGCUGCAUCCACCACGGCAGCACAACCGCCUCGAGCAGAUCCCACCCAGGCCCUCCUGACCAGCAGUGGAAGACUCUCCUUGCCUGUCAUCAUCUGCAUCGUCCUGGGAGCCCUGCUCUGCCUGCUCCUGGCCCUCCUGGUCGGGCAUGUGCGAGGCGCCAGGGCUGAGCGCAGAGGCUUCGACAGAACCUGGGAGCCCUUCUCUGAGGCCGUGUACGAGGAGAUCGGGUACAGCCCAGUGUGGGAGAAGCAGGCGGGGUUCAGCGGCUCAGGCUCCCAUUCCGAGGGGUCCCUCCCAGAGCUGCAGCCCCACCCCAGAAACAGCAAGGAGGAGGAAGAUGGCCCGGGGUCAGCACCAGGUGACCCAGCAGACAGCUAUGAUGAUGCCAGGGAGAUUCCUGACCUUGGGCAGGAUCCUGAGUCUGGACAGGGAGACUGGAAAACGGCCGGGGAGCCAGAGGAGGGCCCAGAGCCCAGGGAUGCACCUGGAGCUGCUGCUCCCAGCACAGUGGGGCUGGACCAGCGACAGGGGCUGUUUCCUCUCCGCCCAGACACAGAUCCCAUCCCGUCCCAGCUCCAUGGUUCCCACAGCUCGGGUGCAGCUGGGCACGCGCCUCUUGGCUGGGUUGGCAUCUGCAGAUCCAUAACUCUGUCAUCUUCGUUGUCCCCACGAGUCCCCAGGAGCUGUGACAGGGAGCGGGAUCCAUCAGGGCUGUUCCAGCACGGCAGGAGGCUCAGGACGGGGAUGAAGGGGGUCCUGUCCCCUCCGGUGCUGUGGCUGCUGCUCUGGGUGCAGCCGUGCAGGGGGGCUGCAGAGGUGAGGCUGGAGAACGGCAGCGGACGCUGUGCUGGGAGAGUGGAAGUGAAACACGAGGGACAGUGGGGGACCGUGUGUGAUGAUCUCUGGGACAUGGCUGAUGCCGCAGUGGUUUGUAAGCAGCUGGGCUGUGGAGUUGCUCUCAAAACUCAUAACUAUGCAUACUUUGGACAAGGAUCUGGCCGCAUUUGGAUGGCUGAUGUUCGGUGUGAUGGCACCGAGUCUGCCCUGUCUGACUGUAGGCACAACGGAUGGGGUCGAAAUAGCUGUUCUCACGGAGAGGAUGCUGGAGUGACGUGUUCAGGCCCACCCCGCUCUGCAUCCCUGCGGCUGGUGGGUGGAGAGAGCCGCUGCGAUGGGCGAGUGGAGAUCUUCCAGCACGGAACAUGGAGCAGAGUCCUGGACGACCAGUGGGACGAGCAGGAGGCCAGCGUGGUGUGCCGGCAGCUGCAGUGUGGAGAGGCAGAGGGAGCCUACAACCCCCCAAAGCCGGAGAGAGGGACGGGUCCCGUGGGGCUGCGACGGGUGCGGUGCACAGGGCACGAGGACAGCCUGACCCUCUGCAACACCUCGGUGCCGGAGAGUGCGCUGGCAGCAGGGGUGGCAGAGGAUGUGGGGGUUGUUUGCCGGGGGAGCCGGCGGGUGCGGCUGGCAAAUGGGCAAGGGCGCUGCGCCGGGAGAGUGGAGAUCUACCACCAGGGCAGCUGGGGCACCGUCUGCGAUGACGGCUGGGACCUGCCCGAUGCCACUGUUGUGUGCCGCCAGCUGGGCUGCGGGGGAGCGGUGGAGGCGUCUGAUUCCGCUCGGUUUGGGGAAGGCUCCGGGCAGAUCUGGCUGGACGGCGUAAGCUGCUCCGGGGCUGAAGGAGCUCUCUGGGACUGCCCAGUGGAGGCCUGGGGGCAGCAUGACUGCGGGCACAAAGAGGAUGCAGGAGUCAUCUGCUCAGAGUUCGUUGCCCUAAGGCUGGAGAACAGCACUGGCUGCUCUGGGCACCUGCAGGUUCUCUAUAAUGGGACAUGGGGCAGCGUUUGCUCCACCUCGAUGACUUCCAAAGAGGUGUCGCUGGCAUGCAAGGAACUUGGCUGUGGGGACAGAGGGUUCCUUGAUACACAAGGGACCUCUGACACGCUGUCUGGUGUCACCUGGCUGGAUCACGUGGAGUGCGGGGAGAGACACAGCUCCUUCUGGCAGUGUCUCUCUGACCCCUGGGACACACAGUCAUGCAAUGACCCGCGAGAUGUGACCCACAUCUCCUGCAAUGGGAUGCAGCCAGAAGUGCUCCCAGCCUUGGGGACGGAGUGCCCGAGCUCCACCAGCUGCACAGACAGGGAGAAGAUCCGUGCCAUAGGCGGCAAGGACAAAUGCUCAGGCAGAGUGGAGGUGUGGCACCGCGGCUCCUGGGGGACAGUGUGUGAUGAUUCCUGGGACAUGCGGGAUGCUGAGGUGGCGUGCAGGCAGCUGGGCUGCGGCCCUGCGGUGUCUGCCCUGGGCGAGGCGGCAUUUGGGGAGGGCAUGGGCCCCAUCUGGCUGGAGCAGGUGGAGUGCCAGGGGACAGAGCCAUCUCUGCAGGACUGCUGGGCCCAGGCUGGGGACAGGAGAUUCUGCCGGCACAAAGAGGAUGCGGCUGUGAACUGCUCAGGUGAAUGGAGGGGCCAAGAGUCCUUCGCUGGGUACUGGCAAGGAGUUGGGGUCCAGAGCUCCUGA